GUCAUUCUAACUAGUGGGCUGUCAGAGUGAUUUUUACUGAAAAUAUCUUUUAUCUUGUAAAUUUGGUUAAAAUGUCUACAAGUAAAUGUCAUUUUUUAUUAAAAGGUGAACCAGGCGUGGGAAAAACAACACUUGUAAAUAAAGUAAUUGAAAAGCUGAAAGAAACCAACAUACCUCUAAAAGGAUUUUAUACACUCGAAAUUCGUAAUGCCUCAAAGCAACGAAUCGGUUUCGAUUUAAAAUCUGUUGAAGACAACUCGUCAAAACCUUUAGCUCGUGUAGAAUCAAGUGAAGCGCCAGGCAAAUGCAGAGUUGGAAAAUACACAGUAUAUCCAGAAAAUAUAGAUUCUUUUGCUUUACCGCUUAUUGAAGAUUUUCAGAAAACUCGAGGAGUUAUAAUUAUCGAUGAGAUUGGCAAAAUGGAAAGUUUUAGUAAAAUUCUAUUUAAGCAAAUAUCGAAAUUAUUUUUUAAUUCAAAUUCAAUAAUAAUUGCAACUUGUAAUGCUGUUGGAAAACCGUUACCAUUAGUUGAAAAUAUUCAGUUGAAUCCUAAAUGUCGAAUUAUUCAGGUGAACCAAAAUAAUAGAAAUAAUUUAGUUACUUAA